AUGCGGGUUUUGCCAAUGAGCGACAGUGCGGAUGGGAACAUUGGGAAGUACCGGAUGGCAGCGAGUGUUACCUACUCAACAAUGCAGUUCACUUUCGCCGCCAUCGCCGCUGCCUUUGUCGCAGGUGCCCAGCUCGUCGCUGCUAGCCCUGCUCCUGCUGAGGAGGCCACAAACGCUGCUGACUUCGGCAUCAACAUUGGCUCCACGUUCAACAAUGUCGUCGCCUGGGUUGACGGCCAAAGCAAGUGCAACAACGUUGUCAUCGCAGCCGCCGGUACCAACUUUUGCGGUCACUCGUUCAACCUGAACGGAAGGACCUUCACAGUCAAUGGUUGCGGAGGUCCUCUCUGGGUCACCCAGGGUCCUUCCAACACUUUCUGGGCGAACUGCGGGUCGCUCUCUGAGGCGGAUGCUUGCGGUGUUCACACCAACUGGCACUGCCUCUAA